AUGAGUAAGAAUGUCGAACAGAUACGGCAAGAAAAAGUGCUCAGAUCUCCGUUCCUUGCAAAGGAUCUAGCUGUUCAAGGCUCCUUUAUCCACAAAAAAGGCGGGUUUCAAGAACAAGCCUUCAGGAGCUCCUCUUAUCAUCCCUUACAAGUCCUGGUUCGCGUCAGCCAAAGGAAAGAAGAGGAAGGAAAGAAACCAUGGAUAAAAGCACAGGAUUACGAUGGAGAGCCAAGGGCAGUUUCCCCGAGGCAAAUGAAUGCUCUAACCAUCACAAUGUCGGCACUAUUCUCCGAAUACACAUCUGCAGCGGGGGAAAUUAUUGAGGUCUCGUCAUGGAUCAGGAUGGUUGGAUGUGGCUGCGAACUGCGGCCCACAAUGAUGGACCGUGGUGACCCGGUGACUUUGUAUUUCAUGUUGGGCAGGCGGCUCGUAUCUUGUUUCGAGCACUCUAGACCCCAUAAACCAUAUGGAAUCGAUGGAUAA